AUGUGGCAAGAAGAUAGUGUCAAUCCAACAAAAACCAUUCACGGUAAUUUCACAGAACCCCGAUCUCUCUUUGUGACAUCAAAUGGUGAUAUUUAUAUUGAUGAUGGUGAGAAGAAUGGUGAAGUACAGAGAUGGAGUGCAGAAACAAAUACCUUUGUCACGGUGAUGAAUGUCAACUCAUCAUGUCAUGGUUUGUUUGUCGAUAUCAAUGAUACUCUUUAUUGUUCAAUGUACGAGCAUCAUCAAGUAUUGAAAAGAUCAUUAAAUGAUGCUGUAAUGACUGGAAAUCGUGUUGCUGCUGGAACAUGUAUUGAAGGAGAUGGCUCGAAUCAGCUCAGUAGUCCUGAUGGAAUCUUUGUCGAUGUGAAUUUUGAUUUAUAUGUGGCAGAUUGUUUCAAUCAUCGAGUUCAAUUGUUUCAGUCUGGAAAAUCAAAUGGCAUAACAGUAGCUGGAAGUACAUCACUAAAAGAAACAAUUACACUUUAUUGUCCAAGUGCAAUUAUAUUAGAUGCUGAGAAAUAUUUAUUCAUUGCAGAUUACUACAAGAAUCGCAUUGUUGGUUCAGGUUUGAAUGGUUUUCGAUGUUUAGUUGGAUGUUAUGCAAAGGGUCCACAAUCUAAUCAAUUGGAUGGACCAUCCAGUUUGAGUUUCGAUGGUUCUGGGAACAUAUUUGUUACUGAUACAUCAAAUCAUCGAAUUCAAAAAUUUUUAUUAAUGAAAGAUUCUUUUGGUAAGUUGAAGAAAACUUGA